AUGGCCGUCAGCCCGAUAAUCAUCUGCCUCCUAUCACUGAUCGGCCAUGGUUCAUCCCACCCCUCUUCUCCUCCUCGGGGGUGCAGUGAGGAUGUGGACCCUCCGUACAGAGUGCUGUGUGACCUGGAGUCAGUCUGGGGAGUGGUCCUGGAGGCUGUGGCCUGCUGCGGGGGUCUCACCUCUCUGGUAAUCACUGUCCUCCUGCUUGUCAAGCUGCGCUCUAUUUCUGACCCCGCCAGGCGCUCCGGCACGGGGCCUCUUCUCCUGCUCCUUGGCACGCUUCUCGGCCUUUUCUCCAUCUCUCUGGCUUUCCUGGUGGGGAAGAACCAGGCGCUGUGUGUGGUCCGCCGGGCCUUCUGGGGGCCUCUCUUUGCCCUCUGCUUCUCCAGUUUGCUCGUGCAGGGUGUGAGGCUCAGGAGGCUGGUGGCUGGCAAGACAAGCCCAUCGGGCAGCACCCUGGCAGCGCUUGGCCUGGCCUUGGCCUUGGUUCAGGGCAUCAUCUCUGCUGAAUGGGUCCUGCUGACUGUUGUCAGGGAGGGUCACCCGGCCUGCGAAUAUCCACCUUUGGACUUUGCUCUGACAUGCACCUACACCCUGGGGCUGCUCCUCAUAGCCAUGGGGCUUUCUCUGGGGGUGGUGCUCUGUGGAGGAGAGUUUGGGGACGAAGGAGGAGGUGGAAGUGAAGAAGACAGAGAAGCAGAGAGUGAAAAACGGAAAUGGAAGUGUAAUGCUGUGUGGCUCUUCCUGUCCAGUCUGGCUUCAGCAUUGCUGUGGGUGGCUUGGCUGGGGUUUUAUCUCUACGGCAGUCAGGGUUUGAGGGGAAAGGGGAAAGGAGAAAGGUUAGGUGGUGGAGGGAAGAAAGAUGUCAAAGUGCUGGAUGAGCCUGCGCUGGCGGUGGCCCUGGUUAUUCAGGGAUGGAUCCUGCUGCUGUUCCAUGCCAUUCCAGAGGCGCACCUGUGUCUCCGAAAUCCUCAACAGUCCAUCACGCAAGAUUUCUUCGACACCAGUCACACGUCCCCUCCUCCACAUUUUGGGGAUGAGCUCCCUGCACGCCCUCACCGACCCUUCCCAGAAAACCAACCAACCUUUUCUAUGGAGGAGCACAGUGCAACUCUCCGGAGUGGAACGUACCACGGCAGCCAAGGGAGUGCGCGUCCUGGCAUCGCCUUCAGAGGUCAUGUGUACCAACCCACUGAGAUGGCUCUGGUCAUGAACGGUGGCACGAUGCCCACAGCCCCAGUUAACUACACUGGACGCCGUUUAUGGUAA